CUAUAAUGCUGAAUUCAUUCGUGGAGUCCCCGUAUGUGGUCUUUUCCGCCAACAUGGGGUUUCAAAGCAAGCCCAUCCUGAUAGAUGGCCGUGCCCAUAUGCUUGGGAGGUUGUCAGCAAUUGUGGCUAAAAGUGUACUGACCGGCCAUAAGGUUGUGGUUGUACGAUGCGAGGGCAUCAACAUCUCUGGUAGCUUCUACAGGAACAAGUUGAAGUAUCUGUCAUUCUUGAGAAAGCGUUGCAAUGUGAAACCAUCCCGUGGCCCAUUCCACUUUAGGGCCCCAAGCAAGAUUCUGUGGCGCACAGUCCGAGGAAUGGUUCCUCACAAACUAAAGCGUGGUGAGGAGGCACUAAGCCGACUUAAGGUAUAUGAUGGUGUGCCCCCACCGUAUGACAAACAGAAGAGAAUGGUGGUGCCUUCUGCACUGCGUGUUUUGAAGCUGAAACAACGCAGAAAGUACUGCAAUCUUGGACGGCUGUCACAUGAGGUCGGCUGGAAGUACCAAGGCGUUAUUGAAACCUUGGAGGCAAAGCGCAAGGCCAAGUCCAAGGUCUUUUAUGAAAAGAAGAAGGCAGAUAAUAAACUGAGGGAGCAGGCAACAAAAAACCUGGCAACAAAGAUUGCUCCAUAUCAGAAGAUAAUUGAAGGCUAUGGAUGUCGUUAAUACAUUGCCACCUAUAACUGUAAAUUGAAUAAAAAAAAUCUCAUAAAAUUCAU